AUGGGAAUGGACAAGUUCAGCCAGCUACUGGAUCAACUGGGACGGGGCAAUUUCACACAAUUGACACUGAACCUGUUCCAAAACGGUCAAGAAAUUGCUGUUCUACAACAACAGUUGGCCGGAUAUGAUGAUAAACAGUUGGACACGUUGGUGGAACAACACCCGGCUAUGCCCAAUGACACACGGUUCAAGAUGAUGUGCAUAUCAUAUCUGAAAUAUAGUCGGGAUGUGGAUCCAUGGUCUGUCUGGGCUAGCUCGGAUUUAAUAUUUGAGUUUUAUCAAUGUUUAAUCAACUGCCUCAUCAAUGACAAUGCUCCUCAUAUUGAGGCAUUAAUACCGGUGGCCAUCAGAGAGACGGAGUUUAUUAUUGCCCUAGCUCAUAAACUGGACUCGUUCCACUUGCAAUUGCAUACAAGAAACCAUCAGUUUUUAUCGCAUACAUCGUCCAUUCUAUCCAGAUUAUUCAACAGCACCAAACCUCCACGUGGUAAUGGAUCGUCCAAAACUAUUCCAGGAAAGCAGCGAAUACUGCUGUAUUUGGUCAAUAAGCUAAAUAACAUCUACUUCAGAAUCGAGUCUCCACAGUUGUGUUCCAACAUCUUCAAGAACUUUCAGCCAAAGAGCAUGCUCGCACAUUUUAACGAGUACCAAAUCAACCAGCAGAUAGAAUAUAGAUAUCUCCUGGGGCGUUAUUACCUAUUAAACUCCCAAGUGCACAACGCCUUCGUUCAGUUCAACGAGGCAUUCCAAUCGCUAUUGAACUUACCUUUAACCAAUCAAGCAAUCGUCAGAAACGGUUCGAGAAUACUAAACUACAUGAUCCCCACGGGAUUAGUACUGGGCAAGAUGGUCAAAUGGGAACCCUUACGACCGUUUGUUAGUCAAGAAACUAUCGACAACUGGAAUACACUGUACAGGUUUGUUCGUUUGGGGAAUAUCCAAAGUGUAAACCACUGGUUGAGGCACAACGAACGCCACUUGUGUGCGAGACAGUUGCUAGUAGUACUCUUAGAGAAAUUACCCAUGAUUGCGUACCGAAAUCUGGUCAAAACGGUGAUCAAAAUCUGGACCACCGAAUGGGGCCAAAACAAAUUACCAUACACGCUAAUAGAACGGGCACUAAAACUAUCCAUUGGCCCAGCAUACGAAGACAACACAGCCCAGGAUUUCACCAUUUAUAACGGCAUUCACUCCUCAAAGAACGUAGAAAACGUACUUGUGACCUUGAUCAACUUGGGGUUCUUACGUGCGAACUGUUUCCCACAACUACAACUAUGUGUGGUAAAAAAGACCACAAUGAUACAAGAAAUUGUCCCGCCAGCCACUGAGCGGAUCACCAAGAUAUUUCCAGCAAACUCUCACGUUCUUUGGUGA